ACUUGUGGGCUUCAAUAAUGGAUUAACCGUAGGGGAAUGCAGAGAUUACAGAUAACUAAAUCUUCCCACCUUCUAUAUAUCCAUGCUUAUAAGUACAUCAAACCAUCUCUCUCUCUCUCUCUCUCUCGUAUCUUCCUUGUCUAGUUACUGACUGUACCAUGGCUUCUUUGCUGUUCAAGGAAAAGAGAGGAGCUAACUUCUCCUGCGUCUCCCCGGCAUCAGCAGCAAUAUGCACAAGCAUAGAUCGGCGGUCCAUGGUACAGCCGAGCACCGGCAGAGCCAUCGACCGCCACACGCCUCAUCUGAGAGAUCCGCGACGAGUUAAGGCGACUGUUAACUCCAUGUCUCAGACCCCCACCAAGCCAAAAACCUGCAACCAGAAGAACGGGAAGAGCUUGGAGAGACCAAGUGAUGCGUUCGGUGUGCCAGGCUCUACUCGGUAUCUACUGGAUGAUGAAGCCGAUGAUGCCUACUUCAAUACCAUGGUGCCUGAUCUGGAACCUGUCCCUCCUCUUAUAUCCUUGGGGCCACCUUCUCUACGAGCUCUGAUGAGAGAAGAACAGAGAAGACCGAGGCCAUCUUCUGCUGCCAGAAUGCAAGACCAGGUUGUGGUGUUGAGGGUGUCUUUGCACUGCAAGGGCUGCGAAGGGAAGGUCAGGAAGCAUAUUUCGAGGAUGGAAGGGGUGACAUCGUACGACAUAGACUUCGCGACGAAGAAGGUGACGGUGGUCGGGGACGUGACGCCACUGGGAGUUCUGAGUAGCAUCUCUAAGGUGAAGCAUGCACAAUUCUGGCCAUCGCCACCCCGCGCACCGGCUUCCCUGUGACGAGAAAGGCUGUAAAAAGGAGAAUGUAGUGUCUGUAAAAAAGAAGAGAAGAUAUGCAGCGUGCAUCUUCUCGGAUGUUUGGUGUAGAGCAUGAUGAACUCGUGCGAUGGUGGUGCGUCUGGCAAAGAAAGGGAUGAUAGACUUGAUUCAUCUCCGUGUCAUUUUGGUCAUCAUGAAUCCCAUCUGUUCCUUAUCCACUAGAGAAAAAGAGAAAACUUGUUGGUCUGCCUGAUCA